CAUCCACAUCCAGCGACACCGAGCCGAUCGCAGGCCAUGGCCGACGGACAGAUCGGAUUCUCGCUCAAAGCGCCGGCACUUCGGCUGUCGGACAUUUUGCUCCUGUUCGUGGCAGUGCCUAUCUUCUUGUUCACAGUGGCCUAUCUACUCCCGCCACGAAUCAAGCGAGCUCUCCUGGGCAUCUUCUCCAGACUGGCCCUGUACGGCCGGACCUCCGCGCUGCCGCUACCGAUACACACCCAUACCCUGGUCCAGGGCAUUUCGCCCCCGGCCAUCAGCUUCGAGGAGGCCGUUCGCCAGGGCCUGUCGUCCGACAACUUCAACAUCCAGACCGAGAAUUUGGACCAGAAUGACAGGCGACAUGGAGUGCAAGAGUCCGACGCCCAGCGAAUCGCCCAGAUCAUGAAAGACGAAAACAUCAACUUUGACCAGGCCCGGUACCGAUUUGUACAGCAAAAGUUCCGUGAGAACGGAAUCGACCCCGACACUGGCCUCCUCCUCGAUCCGAAAGCGCUACAGCCGUCACCCUCACGCACUUCCCCGUAAUCUGCUGCCAACAAAGCAUCCGUCCAACCAUAUAGCCACUGCAUUGAUGUUGAAGAGAGUUACAUCAGAGCGCGAGCUGCAGUGAACUGAAGCCAAAUAUACAAUGCUCAACGAUGCCACACAUCUCUUGGCGGGCUCAAGCAGCGACCACUCGCCACUGUCAGAACCCGGGAGCCCACAUUGUGGAUUCAGAU